AUGGCUGUAGUUCCUAAUCAGUCGAUUAAUCGGCUGAGCCACGUUGCACAAGAUGGCCCGGUUAACAUGGUCGUGCCAGACGCCGUAGAACAUUGUAUUGUCCAGGGGUUAAUCUGGCAAUGUAUCUGCGCGGAAGUCGAGAAGUCCCAGCAUUCUGAUUACGUAUAA